CUCCGCUUCGUACCCGGUCGACAUGCCAGUCAUUCCAUUACUCGGAAAGGCAAAGAGUAGAAAGAGAGAGAGAGAGAGAAGGAGCAUAGAGCCUGGCGAGAGGGGGGAGAACGGUAUUAGUUCGAGCCCGGGUGGCGCCACAGCCACGAGUAAUGAGGCUGAAGCCAAGAGGAAAAAAACUGCGCUUCGUUAACCCCCUGAGACAACAGGAGCGUAUGUGGCGCGGGAGCAUUCCAAAGGCAGAAAAUAAAUUCCCAAGUCAUCUCUCCAGUUUAAGAUUUGAAGGCAGGGAACAGAUAGGUAAGCUCCAGGAUGUUGGUUCCAUCGGAUAUGAUUGGACCCACAUCCAAGCUGAUGUUCCAGGUGAACAAGUUCUACGGCGAUCGAGUUCAUCAUCGCAAGUACAACAUUGCCAAAGUGAUCCGAGAGAUCUGUAAGGUCGUUCAAGAUGUGCUCAAGGAGGUCGAGAUCCAAGAGCCUCGGUUCAUCUCAAGCUUGACCGAGAUCAAUGGUCGAUAUGAGGGCUUUGACGUGUUGGCCCCGAAUGAAUUCGAAGUGAUCUUGUUUCUCAACCAAAUGGGCGUGUUCAACUUUGUUGACGAUGGGUCCCUUCCCGGAUGUGCAGUAUUAAAGCUCUCCGAUGGACGGAAAAGGUCCAUGUCUUUGUGGGUCGAGUUCAUCACGGCCUCGGGAUACCUUUCGGCGCGCAAGAUUCGGUCCCGAUUCCAGACACUGGUGGCACAAGCCUGUGACAAAUCAGCCUACAGGGACAUCUUAAAGAUGGUCAGUGACACGAGUGAGGUCAAAUUGAGGAUCAGGGAGCGCUACGUGGUCCAAAUCACCCCCGCAUUCAAAUGCAGCGGCGUCUGGCCGCGUUCCGCCGCACAUUGGCCACUGCCUCACAUCCCUUGGCCACACCCGAAUCUGGUGGCUGAGGUCAAGACCGAGGGCUUCGACCUUCUCUCAAAAGAGUGUCUGUCAUUACAAGGCAAGCAAUCUGCCAUGGAGGGCGAUGCUUGGGUCAUUUCAUUUCUCGAGGCCGAGAACCGCCUGCUCAUCGGCGGCUGUCGAAGAAAGUGUCUUUCAAUCCUUAAAACAUUAAGAGACAACCACUUGGAUUUGCCGGGCAAUCCAAUCACAUCCUAUAUUAUGAAGACUCUCCUGCUCUACGAGUGUGAGAAACAUCCACGAGAAUUGGAGUGGGAUGAAUCCGCCAUCGGUGACCGUUUGACGGGGAUUCUUCUCCAGCUCAUCUCGUGUCUCCAAUGCAAACGUUGCCCGCAUUAUUUCCUCCCUAACCUCGAUCUUUUCCGGGGCAAGUCUCCGAGCGCCAUGGAGAACGCCUCCAAACAAGUCUGGAGGUUGUCCAGAGAGCUCAUGACCAACACGAGGGCCUUCGAGAAGCUCUAGAUGGUCGAUUUCUUGUGGCCAGAGCCAUCCCUACUAGUGAAGUUCCAUCAUCAGCUUUUGUGAAGUGGAACAUCUCGGCAAGCGUCGCUCCAAGCAGUGUUAUUAAGUCUCUCGGUGUAUUUAGAGCGACAUGGAAAGCCUAGCGCGGCGAAAACGGGAAGAAAAAAAAAACGCCGAGCGGCGAUUUUCGCCGUCACAUUUGGUUCAAGUCCGCUUAGUUGUGUUAUUCCAGAUAGAGAAAAGACACUUUCAGAGAGAUUUGGUUUUCUCUUGUGUGAUAUUUCAUGUCUCAAAUCCAUUCAUUUUCCUUGGUGUUAAAAGCCGCAGUUUGUACACAAUGCAAUGACAUCGCCUACUAAUUCUCGUUUUCUAUUAAAUUUUAAACCCAUACCAAAGCCAAAAGCGUAAUUGAACCUCAAAAGUCUAGCUCGCGCGUUUCAAUUUGGAAGGAGGGUAAACCAAGUGAUAGCGAUCUGGUCGGAUCCGUGAGGUGAUCUCAAGACAUCCAUCCUCGGUGGAAGGAGCACCGUUCAUCAAGCCUCCUCAACUCGAGAAAUCAUCCCUGAGAAGUCUUGAGGUCUGUCAAAAGGCGAACUCCCGCCGAGAAAUAGGCUUUUAUCUCUAGAAACAACGGCGCCAUGAAUGCUUGUUUUUGUUCAAUGCCUGCCUUGCCUCAGCCGCUAGGAUCGCUUUCCAAGAUCAAGGAGAGAAGGAUCAAAACCAAGGAAAACACCAAACCAAGUCAAUAACUAUCCCAAUGGCUCUACUAAUGUGGCCGUGCCAAAUCUUGGAGCCAUGAUAGUUGCUCGAGAAGUCUCUCAUCCGGGAUCCUCCUGACUUGGAUAGGAAACCCGUUGAAGACGAUUCUAUUAGUGGGAGCUGACAAAUGGCUCGAGUGCUUCCCUCAAGACGUGCUGAUGUCUUUUGGAGGCGGGGGGUCGGAGACACCAAGUCCAUUUACGAUUACUUGUCCUUCAAAAAAGCUCUCUCACAGGUUGGGAACCCAAAUGUCAUUUCCAAUCCGUCGUUCGGGUAAGGCUUCCUUGAUCUCAAUGAGGUCUCCAAGCUCGACUUUAGUCCAGAGGAGACUCUUUUUCUGAGUCUUAGACAAGCCUGACCUAUACAACUUAAAGAAGCAUUUAUCUGAAUAGCCUCAGUUGUUCUUGGAGAUCCUGGAAUGUCUAUGGAAAUGACCAAAUAAGGGUAGACAAGGAGCUUGGCUUGGCUAUGAAUGGAUGGAUGGUGGGGAAGAAAUCAGAAGAACUCAUCUUUGAAAUGAAUGGGAUUUUCUUCGAGACAAUGACUUUUUGUACAAGAAACGUAAGUUUUUACCUUUAGCAAUGAUUAAUCAGAGUUCGGUGACAUGUCAUUGCAGUCAGAAGGUGGCUCACUCAUGCAACCCAUUUUCAUUAUCUUGAACUUUAUCAGAGAGCUCAAAACAUACAUUUAAAUCCUUAUCGGAGCCAUUCUUAGUAGUCUUAGUCAGCACAUAGAAAAAGGCCAAGAUCUUAAGCCUACGCUAGAAAAUACGUAACUGAGCUCAUUGCCUACGUACCACUUCCAAAGUUUGGAUUUUCCGUCAGAACCUAUUGUUUCCGCCCAAUGAUCUCGCAUAAUGGAUGUUUCAAAUAAAAAAGGGACCGCUAAGAGCGGAUUGCGGUGUAGCUGUAGCUAUAGAGAAAGAUAUCCCAGUCUGUACUCCCCCGGUAGACAAAGAUCGUAAAAGGAGGGGAGAGAGAUUGUAGUAGCUAUAUGAAAGUGAGCGUUCGAUUCGAUAUGUGUAAGCUGCCUUGAAAUGAAGGAUCUCAGACUUCUUCGAGGCUCAAUUCUUAGAAACAAGAUCAACAUUGGUUUAAGCUUGUCGAGAUAAGGGCCUCAAAUUAAAUUUCGUCGUCAAACUCUCCUACAGUAACAUUAACCUGUCCAUGAAGUUAUUGCUAUUGAAUUGCCCUUCAUCAUACUGCUCUCUUCACCAUGGCCAGCAUUCUUUUGCUCAACACUCAUCAAGAAUGUCAUGUCAAGGUCUCAUCAAACUUUCAAGCACUGAUUGAAGAACGAUCCCAAAAUUAGUAACUGUGCAGUAACUGUGCCCCAAAAAAUUCUCAACACUUACAAUGUCAUGAAUGUGUGGUACAUGUAGUGUUUUGAAUAAGCAACAACUAUAUCCAAUGAGAGUUCUUAGUAUUUCAAUAAAGAUUAUUAUUAUUAGACAAGAAAGCCAUAA